AUGGCCAUGGAACCACCCAAGCGCCGUCGCAUUUGGGCGAAGCGGCCGCCGCUGCCACACGAAGAGCUCCAAGCGCCUGCCGCGCAGCCAGCUCUUGCUGCGGAGGCCGCGCCCGCCGGCCAUCGGCGGAGACAGGUGUCUUGCCCCAGCAGGGGCCCCCAGCGGCCAUGUUGCUUUGCCGCUGAUGGCAGUGGGCGCGCCGCCACCGCUAAAGGCACCCGGGACGGGCGCUGCAGCUUUUGUCAUCGGGACAACAUGGACACUGCCUUGGGCACUGCGCGUGGCCGGAAGAUCGUGGCCCGCCUCUUGAGGCAAUGGCGAUUGAUUGCGCCCAGCAUCUUCGAGGCGGCUUUCAACCAGAGCGUUUUGGUGGAGAUCGAUGGCGCAACAAGGGAAAGCUUGCGCGCCCAAGUGUCUGAGCCCACGUGGGAGGAGUUGCUUGCGAAGCGGUGCUCCAUUGUCGCCGGCCCGUCACCUCAAGAACUCCGUGAAUACCAAGAUGGAGUAGAGCAGGAUAGAGCUUAUGCGCAGAAGAAGUUCUUUCCAAACAGGACACGGACGGUCCGACACGCCAACCACCAAUGGCGAGCGCCAAUGAGCGAGGAGCUUCGUGGACAGGUGCGGGAUCUCGCGCACAACGAUGCUGGCUUGCCCGCUGCCAACAACAGCCCUGCAGCUGCUGCUUUGGAGAGUUGGUGCAAGCGUGGGUCUUGGGACUUGUGCCGCCAAUGUGCUUCCGUGCAACCACGUCAUCUGAAGGAAGCUGCUUCACGAGACGCAGCCAAAGGAAACAUCAUCCUUUGCAAGAACUGUGCCAAAAAGGAGGGCAAGCAAACAUGGAUACCCUCACCAGAAGAUGUGCCAGCUCUGCUUCGUGGCUUAUCCUGGGCCCAAAUUGAAGCGCUACGGCCCUUGGACGUGGACAGCGGGCCGGAGUGGAAGGCUGAGUUUGGCUAUUACUUUCACAGCACCAUGAUCCGCUUUUCGUGGGCCGCGGACGACGUGGAGGACAAGAUCGAUGCCCUGCCGAGUCGCCGAGAGCGGAAGAGAGCGAAGAAGGCUUUCAAUUUCCUUGUGGAGAAGGACAACUGCAACUACUGGAAAUGGAUCGAAAGGCACCGGCGCUUCAUGAACGCCAAUCCUCGGGCCACCGAUGAGCGCCGGAAGAGGCCCCUUCGCUACAUCGAGGAAGAGGGCAUCGAGACCGCUGUGUGGCCACAUCUCUACUGGGAUACCCGGCUCUGUGAGACGGCCACUCGCCUCGCGGACGUUCGUCGCAAGCAGCGGGCCGGCCAUCAGGAAGAUCCUGAGGAUGAUCCCAUGGAUGACGAGGCGGGGGGCCACGAAGAGAGCCAUGGCCGCCAAAGCCUCAAGCGGAGCUUCCUCCUCAAAGCCUUGGGGCCCAUAGCGGACUACGCUGGUGACUACAACCUCUUGCACUUCGUCUUCGACCUGUCCACUUGGUCCGACAUCGGCGGAAAGAAGGGCGCUCUGCGAGGGAUGCCGAUGUGGCAAGCCAUGAAAGGAGCUGCUUGGACUCCUCAAUAUUGGCGGGUUCGCCAUGCGGCUGCCUUGGACAUGCAAGCUCAGUGCGGUUAUCCGGUCGCUUUCAUCACUUGGGCCCCGUUUGAAUGGUCAGCUCCCUACCAUGAAGCCUUGCUGCAACAGAUGCGAGACUUAGGCCGGCAACGCCUGGGGUUGGCAGGGCCCGAAGCUCUACAUUUGGCGCAUCUCUUGACUGAACUCUUCAGGGAAUGGAUCUGUGGUGGCGGCCGCAAAUUCGGCGAUGCCACGUCGCAGUGGAAGGCAGCUCUGUUUAGUGGCACGAAGCCGGAUGGCAGUCGAGUCAAGGUGAACUUCGUGGGCCGUUUGGAGUUCCAAGACGGCAAGCGGAAAGAGGCAACCCAAGACUACCAUGGUCGAGGCGCGGUGCAUCUCCAUGGACUGGUCUUUGCCGAGAGCAUCAAGCACAUGAAGUUGCACGAGAAGUUCCAAGCGACCGUGCCUGCAGAAGGCGACCCGCUGAGAGGCCUGGUGCUCGAUGGUCAGACGAGCAGGACAGGCAGCGGCUGGCCCGUCUUCGAAGGGAUGUCUCACUACGACGCGGCUGUGGACAAGGUGAAGCUUCACCACUCCAAGGAGGACAAGCGGCUCGGGGUGCGAGGAUACAGCCCGGAAGUCCUGGACGUCUUGAAAUGCCAUCAGGACGCGCAGAUCGAGCGCGGCACCGGCCUCAUGCUCAAGUAUGCCGCCACCUACUUGCCCAAGUUCAGUGACGGUCCUGGCAAGGAGCUCAUGGAUGACAGUAGCAGCGGCUAUGGUGCUGCCAGGCGUGCCCUUUUCACCUUUCAUCCCGGAGAGCCCGAGAUGUGGCUACUGCUGGCCAAUCAAAGCUUCCCCAUGUUCGUGAUGGGUGGGACUACGCAGCCGAUCAUCGCACCGCACCCGGGCAUGGAGCAGCCCCCGGCUUACGUGGCACUCUACGAGCAGGCCACCUGGCGGGGCGAGAUGACUCUCCUGGAGUAUUUGCGCAGGGUCAACAACAAGGGCAACAUUUUGGAGCAUAUCCGGAAGGCCCACAAGAAGGACACCAGAGGCCUCAGCUUAGAGAGCUUUGCGGUUCGUUACGAGACCUUUGGCGAGAAGGUCAUAGCUGCAGAGAUGGUGUCCACGCUCAACGAUAAGUACUAUGGCCAGUGGAUGGCUUUGAACGUGCCAUUCGAGACGCUGAGCAGCUUGCUUGUGCCAGACAUCGUCGACAAGGUGCCCGAACAUGUUAAGUUCUUGGCUUGCGCUUUGCAUUGGGCACCGCACGUAUGGCGGAACGAGCAAGCCAUUCGGGAGCACAUGGCUCUGAGGGCGCACAAAGAAGCUCUGGUCAACACGGUGCUUCAAAUGAUCAAGACCCAGGAUUUCUUCAUUCAGCUGCAUCUGAACGGGCACCUAGAACGCGAGGAGCGGGUGCGGCCGGCUGUGCGUGUGAUGCCGUCUUACUUCGAGGAAGCGGACAGCGGCUUGCGACUCACCCCGGAGCAGAAGCGGGUGGCGGACAACAUCGACCAGCGCGUUGACCAAGCCCUGGCCAUUCGAGACGCGGCCGAGGAGCAGGAGAUGGAGCGAUUGCUUGGCCUUGCAGACGAGCACGGUUCCAUUGUCGCCGUGUCUGGCCAACCCGGCACCGGCAAGACUGCCGUGGUAGACCUCUGCGUCAAGCGGGCCCAGCGCCUGCAAGCCCGGAUCCUGCUGGCCAUGCCCACGGGGGUGCAAAGGUCUCGAAUGAAGCAGCGCCACCCCGAAGUGGACCUCGACACUUGCCACGGGGCCUUUCUCUUCCACAAGCCGCUGGUAGAGGCAAUGGGCAUCAUGAUGUGCUAUGAUCUGAUCGUUAUCGACGAGGCAGUGCAACUCUUCGAGGAGCAUUUUGAGCGCUUGUCGGCGAUGAGUGGCAACUACCACCGCCUGACAACACCAAGCGCAGCCUGGUACACCACCCGAAAUGGCGCUUCGUCUACAAGGCCCAUGGGCGCGGAAGGCAGCGCCUUCGUGCGAGCUGUGUGCAAAGGCCACAAAGCCUGGUCUGGCCACCAUGAGCCCACAAACCUGGAUAUCCAAGACCUGCUGCGCAAAACCGAUGGGGCGACCACGGUUAUCACAUGCACUCGAUGGGGCGCCGCUCUGGUCAACGCCCUGGCCGUGGAGGUGCUCUUCGAGUUGCCCGGUUGCCUCAAGUUCGGCAGCGUCGGGGCCGACUAUGAAAGCAACCCGGACAACUACCAUUGGAACGGGGUGGCCUACGAGAUGAGGCAAGAUCAAAGCCCGGACCCUUUGAGCCUGGACCUGUAUGAAGGCCUGCGGAUCCGUCUGACCCGGAACAUGAACAAGAGGCUGGACUAUGUGAACGGCGUGACUGCCAUUGUCCAAGCCUUCGACCGGUCUUCCCGGGGCGUCGUCGUGGAGACUGAGACGAAGCAGGUCCUUUGUGUAUACCCCGUGACGGAGGACACCGCCGGCGGCCGAGUGGUCUACUACCCGAUGAAGCCCGGGUACGCAGACACCGUGCACAAGUUCCAGGGGGCGGAGCUGGCACACGUGACGUUUUGGCCUGACCGGGAAGGGUGUGCGGCUGCCGCUUAUGUGGCCCUAUCCAGGGUGAGGAAAGACACCGACUACCUCUUGGGAGGCUACAUCAAACCUGAGCACUUCCUGCCGGCCAAGUGA